GCCAUUCAUUGGUCAAUAUGAGGAAAGAGGGGCGUGACCAUGACGGACAGCAGCCAGAGAGCCGUGCCGCGGGAGGAGCAAGCAGCGUGUUUCCGGGAACGAACCUUCGAGCGACGGGGAACACACGCGGCAAUGGAAUCCGAGUUUCGGGAAAUUGAUGAGCUCGGAAACUGGAACGCCGUUUAUCAGGAAAUUAGGCAGCAGUCCAGUGACCUACCAUGUAAGAUCGCCAAACUUCCAGAAAAUAGAAGUCGUAAUCGCUACAGAGACGUCAGCCCAUUCGACCACAGUCGUAUUUGUCUACAGAUCGGUAAUAAUGACUACAUCAAUGCCAGUCUGAUCUCUGUGGAGGAAGCUCAGAGAAACUACAUACUAACUCAGGGUCCGCUACCGAACACCUGUGGUCAUUUCUGGGAGAUCGUGUGGGAGCAGCGCUGUCGAGGGGUUGUGAUGCUGAACAGGGUUGUAGAAAAAGGCUCGAUAAAGUGUGCUCAGUACUGGCCGCAGCGAGAAGAGAGGGAGGCCGUUUUUGACGACACAAACUUCAAACUCACUCUGAUCUCAGAGGAUGAGAAGUCAUACUACACGGUGCGACAACUGGAGCUGGAAAAUCUGUCGACACAGGAAACACGAGAGAUUCUUCAGUUCCACUACACCACGUGGCCGGAUUUUGGUGUGCCUGAAUCGCCCGCGUCUUUUCUCAACUUUCUGUUUAAAGUGCGGGAGUCUGGUUGUCUGAGCCCAGACCAUGGCCCUGUUGUGGUCCACUGCAGCGCUGGUAUCGGCCGUUCUGGAACCUUCUGUCUCGUAGACACCUGCCUUUUACUGAUGUCUCAGAGGAAAGAUCCAUCAUCGGUGCGCAUACGAGAGGUUUUGCUGGAAAUGCGAAAAUACCGCAUGGGUCUGAUACAAACAGCCGAUCAGCUGCGUUUCUCUUACCUCGCUGUCAUAGAGGGAGCAAAGUACAUUAUGGGAGACACCUCUAUACAGAUGUCAUGGAAAGAGCUAUCCAAUGAGGAGGAUCUUCCCCCUGAAUUUACUCCUCCUCCCAGACCGCGACCCCCAAUAGACCCCCCUAAUGGCACGGGUGACCUGGUGAACUGUGAGCCUGUACGCUUCUUUACAGAGGUGACGAACAACACAGAGAUUUGUGUGAGCAGGGCACCCCAGGUAUUUACUGAUGGGCAAGACCUUCGCAGAAGGGCAGCCGCAGCUGGUGAGGUCGGACAACCCGAAAACCCAAUUGGGGCGACAGAAGCCCCUCCCAAACCUGCGCGGUCUCCGCCUGAAACUCCACCAGCAGAUGCACCCCACAGUGUUUGGAGCCCCCUGCUGGUCAACACGUGCGUGUGUACAGUGAUGGCUCUUGGUGCUUACGUCUGUUACCGCACCUUUGUGCACUGAUGCUCUCUUUCCAUCUCAGUUGAUCUUAUUCUUUCUCUUUUCCCCCCAUCUGCUGGGGGAAGAGAGAGAGACAGACACACACAGACGCUCACACUUUCUCAGCUGGACCUGUCUCUCAGCUGGGCCUUUUCACGCCCUCCAACAUCUGGGGAGAGUUUAAGAGACUUUUCUCAUCCAAACUGCUGUGGUCUCCCUCUAUACACACCCUUCAAUAAACGUGUGUCCGUUUAAAACCUCAGGGCCUCACAAUUCAGGUGUAAUAACCCCAAACAUUCAACACAGGUAAAGAUCCAAAAACCUCUGUAAUUGCUGCAGUGAAUAGGGAAUUUUUGUUUGUAUAUGUAACUUGGUAAUUUUUGCAUUUUUAAUAUGAUGAAUAUGAGAAAGAUGUUCCAAAUGAAGCUCUGCAAAAGAUCAGCUCUUCACAGAGUUGUGUGGGGUUUUAUAUAUGCUGAACACACAAAUCUGCUGUACAUUAUAUACGUGUAUGUAUGUGUGUGUCAGAAAAAGUGUUCAUAAAAAGUCUAGGAGGUUGGUGAUACAAUCGUGCUCUGGAUUAAGCUGGCGUCUCAGUGGAAACGUCACAAACUAGAUGACUGAACAUUUCCUCCUCUUCUGUUUCCAUCCUUUGUUUCUUUAGCUUUUACACGAACCCAAAGGUAAAAGUGGCACCUCAUGAGAAAAUAAUUCAUGGCACACUCAAGCAAGCUCAUUGGUGUUAAUUUGUUACUGGGGAGUUUUUUUCUUUCCUUAGUCAAACCGGUUUCGUUUCUUUACCAGAAUGCACAGACUUUCACAAUUCAGACAAAUCCCAUCUGGCCUUGUGCUUCAGAAUUUAAAUGCAAUAAAUGUAACUACAACCGUUUAUUUAGACCAGAGUUCACCGCAGAUGACUGUUUUCAUACAGGUCCUUCCCGGUAUACCCAUCUAAAAUGUUAAACAAAAAAAAAAAAAAUCUGCUUUGGGAGAAUGUUUACACUUUUGUAAAGUUCCAAUUUAAUGAUGUAUUGAGGAAAGUCUUGAUUUUUAGCAUCUAGAGAUGGCUGAUUUAUCGCCAACCAGACCAAACUGGAAAGAAGCAGGAGGCACUAUUUGACUUACUGGAGCUUAACAUAGACAUCCCCUCACAGAUGCAACCAAAGUGUCUUGUGGGAUUUUAAUUUUCGUCUCACUUUUUUGCAAUAUAGAUCCAUUCAGCUUAUUGUGGGCCUUAACACAUGCCUUGAUGAAUUGUGUGAGGAUUAAAUUGACCAAAAAUAAAACACCAGCACAUAAUUAAUGAGAAGAGAGAAAUGACCUGUGGCCGUGAGCUAUUUCUGUGCUUCAUUCUUUUAAUCUACUGUUGGUUUUAGCCUAGUUAUAAUUAUAAAGAGAUUAACUGGGUAUAAACAUUUUCUUUGAUUCAAACCACACUUCUUAAAGAACAGUGAACAAGUGAAAGUCCAAUUGAGUAACUCUGAGACCAAUCUAUUUUACAUUAUGUUAAGAGUAUUUUACUGACUUAGAUUUGUGUGGUCACACUUUGACCACCAUUUGACCAAUCCAGAAUGGUGGCUUUUAGGAAGGGUUUCAGUUUGUACUGGACCGAGAUACUGGAUGAGUGAUUCACACAAAUCUUUGAUUUGAAGGGUGUAUAUAAACAUCCGUUGUACUUUUGUAGUGACUUUCUGAUUAACUCGCAGAAUCGGGUCCCAUAGCUGGACCACAGAAUGUAAAGUCUCUUCUUGCCAGCUUUAUUCACACACAUAUACAUUUAUUUGUCUGUGUCCUUGUUUGUCAUGUUUAGUUUUGAGCUUAAAGAUUUCGUGUGUCGUGUAUAAGGCUCGAGAUUUCCUGUUUUCGUCUUAAUGUUGAUCAUCUGUUUGUUUUUGUAAGAAAAGGAUUUUCUGAAAUUUGAAAUUUUUAUUUUUGGACUGAACACAAUUCAGAUUCUGUGUUAAUAAACUCAUACUUCUCUGA